AGUUCUAGUGUUUAGAAGUAUCCAACCAUGGCCAUAUAUCGUUUACAACGAUUUCCUAGUGUUUGUAUGCAUUGUUUGAAACCUGUUGAUUUGCAGACCAAUUUUACAUCUAUUAACUCUUACCAUGAUGAGCUGCACUGCACAAUCGAACAGAAAAGUGCUGAGCUUUUCGGAGUGCCUGGUAGCAAUGAUAUGAGGGAAAUUCCCGCGGCUGUACGUAACAUGCUUCCAAAUCAGAUAUGCCAAGAAUGCCUGCUUGCAAUGGUUGCCUUUCAUCAGUAUCAAUCAAAAUUGAGAUGCCUGAUGAAAUUCAGUGUAGGACUCGCCCAUUUGUUGCACUCUAAUGCAGAUCCUCUUGUUGAAUUGUUCGGCAUACAUGGGCGAUAUUUGGUGCAAGUAUUGAAAAGCUUUAACAUAUGCCGUGGAAAGGAAGAGUACAUCACGCUAGAGAUGCUCUUGCAAGAGGUAACCGGGUUUGACCAGUAUAAAAACAGAGAUAGUGAGGAUUCCGCAACAUCUGGUGAAGGGCGUCAAUCUCAAUCGCCCUACAAUUCGAAUGAUCUAUUUAUCAGUGAAGAAUAUUGCGAACCACGAAGACCUUGCGUAUCCCAAAAAAUGCAAAAGGCGGGGCCAAAUAGAAACACAGAAAUAGAGAGAGAAAGGAAGCAGCUUAGCAACUUAAAAAGCGAUAAAGCGGUAGUAACUGAUCUGAAGAAAAGGAAAAGCGAUAAAUCAGUGAAAAAUAAUGCAACCACAACAUUCAUCGAAGGUACAUCACUCUGCAAGUGCAAGUAUGAUUUCUGUGACAAAAUUUUCACUGAUCUUCUGAGCAUGAAGAAACAUAUUCGCAAAGACCACAAAACUUUUGUUUGUAACAUCUGUGGAAGCGUGAGGCAAUUCUAUUCGCAUUAUAAACAUCACAUGGCGCGCCACAAUACAAGCACGAUCUUCAUAUGCGAAUAUUGUAAUGCAGAGUAUAGCACAAAGCAGGAGCUUAUCAAUCAUCUAAAAGUAGUCCACAUUGUUAAUCCCGAUGAGGAAUGUACUUGCAACGUUUGUGGAGUAGUUUGUCGGGGGAAAUAUCAUUUUAAUCGACACAUGAAGAGUCACAACAUUGAGCGAAAGUUCGUAUGCCCUGUUUGCUCGAAGGCGUUUAAAACAUCCCACCAUCUCCGGCGCCAUGCAGACGUCCACCAGAAAUUGCAGUAUCGAUGCGCAAUGUGUGACACGAGCUACGGAAGAAGAGAUAAAAUGCGUGCCCAUCUCGAAAUCGUACACAACAUUCAGAGCUACUUUGUGUGUGUGGUUUGCCUUGCAACGUUUGAUGAGGACGGCUUGCUGCAGCAGCACAUGGAACGGCACCGGAAUCCGAAGAUGCUCGAAUGCUGCACGUGUUUGGGGGUGUUUUUGAGCGAAGCAGAUCUCAAAGAUCACUGUUGCAUAACGUACCAGGAUAGCUACCUGUGCUGUGGAAGAGACUUUCGCUAUCACUCUUAUUACAACAAACACAUGAUGGUUGAGCAUGGAAUAAAGUGUAAUGUACGAGUGAAACCUCCAAAAGACAAGCUGCUCAGUCAGUAUCGUGCCUUAAGACCAGCCGCAAAGCCUCUAAUUUCAUGCGAUAGCUGCAAUGAACAUUUCAACUCAAAACAAGAGUUUCGAAACCAUCAAAAGACAUGCAGUAAAACCUCAAACAGUUUCACACUUGAGUCGUUGAGCAUAGAAUUGCUUUCUGAAAUGGAGUAGACGUUGGCCGGUAGCUUCUGCAUGUUUUUAAAUAAAAUAUCCGUUAUACUGUUUUACCCCAU